GAGGACCUUUCUCCCCUUUCUCCUUCCUCAGGAGCCAUCCGUGGUGUUCUCUGGAGGCCCUCGAUCUCCAUCUUGGGUAUUCCUAAAGACGCAGGUAGGUAAACCCACCAACGACACGCACACAGCGUGGGUGUAGGAGCACAGAACAAACUGCUCGUGCACUGCACCACCCUCAGUCCGUCACUCUCAGUGACUGACCCUUGCCAGCCAUUCGUCCGUCCAUGGAUCUUUAUUGGUGUCUGGAUGUUUGCAGAGGCGUCUUACCGCAGCUGGCCGAAGCGGCAGAGGCACUCCCACCAGCCCGCAGCAUCACCGCCAGUAUCCUCCCCUCUCCCUCCCCCCCUCCACCACUGCCACUGUCUACCGCGAUGAACAACAGCGAAGAGUUUAUGUGCCCCGAGCUGCGAGUGGCCCUGUGUCAUCUGAAGGAGGCUCUCCGGUGCCUGCUGCACAGCGUGGUGUUCUGCCGCUCGCUGGGCGCCCACAAUGUGGUCACGCCCAUGUCCAUCUACUCUGAGCAGCUGGAGCUCGGCUAUGUCAAGUGCUACUCGCCCGACCUAUCUAUCGACAACCUUAUCGAGACCCGCAUCAACGCAUUCGCCACGCUGUUCGAGCGGGAGCUGGCCAUCCCCACACACACGCACACGAAUGUGCCACCCUCGCAGGGCACAGCCGAGCUGGUCAGUUGAGUUGGGGGGAAGACAGUGCAGUGCCUGGCCUGGGCGGGAGUCCACUUCUCUCUGUGUGUUGUGUGGUUGUGAUUGUACAGAGGAUAGGUUUCUAUGUGCCCCGUGCGAAGCGUGCCAUCUGGGGCAUCUUCAAGCCGCCCGACGAGAAGAUAUUCUUCGAAGUCUGGCGCAUCCCCAUUCGCGUCAGCGUCCCCUCAUCCUCCCCUCCCCCGUUCACACGCUCCCUGCGCAGCAGCACCACCGCCGCCAGCCAACAAACCCCGCCCCCGCCACCCGACCCACAGUCAACCGCUGGCCAUGCCGCUGCUGCUGGUGCUGCUGCCGCUGCCGUGGCGCCUUCAUCGUCGUCUUCGUCAGCCGGAGAUGCCACUCGGCUGCUUGAGGAUGAGCUGGCGAUGCGGCGGGAUGCGCACACGGAGGUGCGUCGGGUGCUCUUGUACAUCAUUGAGAACGUCAACAAGAAAAGGGACCACCUGCCGCCGCCAAGGGACCAGCAGUCGAUAUACUGGUAGGGGGUGGGGUGGUGGGGGGGUCAGUGGAGGGGAGGGGAGAUGGCUGCCAUGCCAUGCCAUGCCAUGGCUGUGCUGUGUGUUGUGUGUUGUGUGUGGUCGACUCAGGUUUGAGGUGAGCUACGACAUUCGUGGGCAGGAUGGGUCGGCGGCGUGGCAUCUGCCCUCCGCCAUUCGAUCGCCGCCCGGCAGGAAGCUGCCCUAUAUCACAUGAAGGAUGGAUGGAUGGAUGCACUCACUGAUGGAGAGAGAGAGAGAGAGAGAGAGAGAGGAGAGGAGAGCAGAGAGACACCGAUGAUCAAGUGGCGUGGAUGGUCAGUGUGUCAGAUCUGCAUUCAUG